AUGGCUGACCAUCAGCACAAAAAUUUCGACGGUUUGGUGUUGCUUCGGUCGGCCUCACAAUUCUUGCGCUACUGGUGGUUGGUUGCACGGACCAAUAGCGGAGCAUUUGCGUCCGACUGUGGCACAACCACAAAGAGCCAGGGCCAAGUGCCUGCAUGUACCCUGCAACUGGGGAAGCUGGCUGCUUGCACUCAAUUUGCUGGCGCGGGAUCCAACUCUACUGGGAGGAACAGCGUACAUGACAUCAUGGUACCAGCUUGGUACUUUGUCCAACGAACGGACGUGCCCGUGCCAAGUACCUCUACCCAGCUCUGCUGA